UACAACAAUGUUCUCUGGUCAACUGGUGUCUACGUGAAAGAUUUGGGAGAGAUAAGGUCAGAGCAUCGGGUCUUUGUCCUAAAAGCUGGAAGAAAAGGUUCCUAAAAGGCGUCUCCAACUGCACCAGACUUUCUUCCUCACAUUCCGGCCAAAAGAGGAAUGUAUGAUGGGGUUAUAUAUUACAUGGGUUGGACUGGUAGGUAUAAUUUAGUGCUUGUGAGCUUCCACAUUAGAUCCAGAGACUUCAAAAUGAUCCAAGUACCUCGUAGGGACGGAGAUGAAGUGCUUCUAAGGAUGAAGAAUGUGAGUCUUAUAGAGUAUGGUGGUAAAGUAACUAUCAUUGACCAAACCAAUCUUAGGGAAAAGGGUAUGCUUGAUUUAUGGGCUGUGGAAGAUGCUGGGAACAAGAACAGCUGGUCAAGGAAAACUUGCAUGGUUUUGCAGUCUUCGCAGCUACAUUUGGUUAUUAAUAACAUAACUAUAUACAACAUGAAAGGUACAACUCACGAUAACAAGGUUUUCUUUAUACCAGAGGAUAUGUUUUCUCCCUUUCACAUUCUCUCUUAUGACCUUGGAAGCAAUGAUAUGACAAAGAUCGAAAUAAAAGGAAUACCGGACCACUGGUUUAGUACUGAUAAAUCAACCGUUAGCGUGAUGUUGAUGGAUCAGAGUGAGAGUCUCGUGUACUUGGAGACUUGAAUUAGACGUUGCUUUCUACCUCUCUAAUGCAUUUUUGUUAAUUUUGUUUUGUGUGUUAGACUAAAUACACUUAUGUUAUUAUUAAUUGCUGGUUUUAUAUGAUAUUUUAUAGAGUUUAA